AUGGGAUUCAAGUUUCUCUGCUGUCAGCGCCCGCGCGCUGUCGCGCCCCACUCUCCGCCGGGCACCUCUGUCUCCGCGCCCGUGGAGCCGAGCAAGGGUGCUUCGGGCGCGUUGGGCUCCUUCGCCUCCAAGAUGGACUUCCCCGAACAGAAGCCUGGGCGAAGCGAAGAGGCCGCCCACGCAGCGCGCGAGGGCUCGCUGGAGAAUGCCAGAACGAACGGCGUCGCUCCGAUUUCCACAGCAGAGAGCGACGCGUCGCCUCCGAGCGCCGCGCCUGCAGCGCCCGCGCCGGGGGGCGGCGACAAGAAGGACGACAGCACCGGUUCGCCGAGUCCACGGCUGAUUCCCCCAGAGGGCGAGGCGGACGUCGCGCGGCCGGCGGCAGACCUCGCAGAAGUGAAGGGCGAAGAGGGCCUAGGCAUUCGCACUGCCGGCAGCAGAGGCGCAGAGGGGAGCGGCGGCGACGCGCCCGCGCCCGCCGUGCCCGAGGCGGAGGGCCCUGGGGCGGCAGUCCCCGAGAGGCAGGCUGAGGCGUCCAGCGGGGGGGAGGGCGCGGCGGCGCCGCAGGAGGCCGCGGCUGCGGCCGAGGCUAGCGCGGCGGUGGGCGAGGGCAAGCCGAGCGAGGCUGCAGGCGAGAAGUCGGUGGAGCGGCCUCCGCACGCGCAGAGUUUGGAGCCCUUUUCGCCCGCAGCCGUCGGUGCGGGGGGCGAGGAGCGGAAGCGGUCGAGCGUGCGCGACUCGUUGGUUUCUUUCGAGGAUCUGUUGGAGAGGAAGUGGAAGAAGCUGGAGGCGUACCUCGAGGAGGAGCAGCUGUUCAAGGCCUUCUCGUACGUGCUGUUUCUGGAGCACCAGAUCGACCGCAGACUCGCGGUCCUGAACGCCACGCUGGGGCUGCCGCCUGCUUCCGCGUCCUGCUUCGCGCCGCUCUUCCCGGGGCGCGAGCGUGCGGAGGAGCGUGCGCAAUUCGACGGGGUUGACGGGGGGGCGGAGGAGUUUGCGGCGGCUUCUCGCGCUGCGCCGCCGGCCUCCACGAUGCUGCUGAAGAAGCAAGAAGACCUCCGGACUCAGCGCGAGUUCCUUCUCGCCUUCGCGACGCGCGUCGUGACCAAUCAGGCGGUGAAAAACCUCUGCUUUGAGAUGCGGUGGGCGCUGCAGAUGCUGUCGUACUUCCACCUGGAUCACCUUCGUCAGGCUUGCGAAGAGCCGCGGCUCUCGGUCUGCGAGAGUCUCUCCUCCUUGCCUCGCUCGGCCUCCUGCGCCUCGCAGUCCUCCACGCUGUCUUACUUCAACAAACUCUCUGCGACCGACGCCGCGAAAGACCGAGCCGAUCGCGCCGCAGAGGCGCUGGGCGGCGCGACUCGCGGCGGGGGGCUGGGCGGCGCGGCGGGCGACCGCGACGGGGGUCGCGACGACGACGCGAUGACGGCUGGCAACUCGUCCACGGCCUUCCCCGAGCGAAAAAUCAGCGCCACCAAGAUAAAGCAGGGCCUGCGCAAUAUGAGCCGCAAAAUGAGCUUCUCCAGACGAGGCAGCUCCGCCCGCCGCUCGAGCGUGAGAAAAAUGAUGACCAAGAAGGUGCAGGACGACGAGGGCUGGAUUCGCGAAAAAGGCAAGUACUUGGAUUUGGCGUAUCGCGUGGAGAAGGACACGUCUGUGUCGAUGAAGGUACGCGGGAAGCUGCCUUGCCGGUUGUUCGAGGUGCUUUCGAUUCUGAACGAAACCGAUCUGGCGGGGACCUGGGCGCCGUUCUUCAAGUCUGCCGAGCGCGAGUAUCAGUAUACGAAGGCGUCGCAGCUGGUGCGUCAGGUCUACGACUACCCGAUCCUCGGCGCGAAGGAGACGCUGAUGUUUUGCGUGGGCAUCAACGCGCUCGAGGAGGCCGGCUGCGUGAUCAUCUUUUGCCGGUCGCCGCCCGAGGGCGCGACCGAGUUUCUGGGUCUGCCGAUUCCAGAGAAGCGGAAGAUUCUUCGCAUCCAGUCUGCGGAUCUCGUCUUUCUGCUUUAUCCGAUCUCCGAGGGUCGGCAAACGACGCUCGAGUUGUACGCCAACUUCCAUCACGGCCUGCGCUUCGUGCCCAUGAAGAUCAUCACCUUCGUAGUGAAGAAAGUCGUCCGCGGCAUGUUUGUCGCCAUCGCCCGCCAGUGCCAAAACUUCCAGACCGGGCCUUACAAGGCGCGCGUGAAAAACAACCCCGCGUUCUACAACUGGAUGGAAACGAAAAUCGAGGAAUACGUCCAGCAGCAAACGCAAGGCCACGUGCGGAACGCCGAGUCCAUCAGCCUUGCCAGCUUCAACUACGAGGACUUCCAGGAGUAA